AUGUCUGCGAAGCUCCAUGACUUCUUUACAAGAUUUAGGCAUGGCGCAUACGCCCCUAUCACCAGUGAUGGUAGCAACGAGGAAGCGGGGUGUGUUGUUGAGGACGAUAAAAGUCCGCUGAAUGAGAAACAAACUUCACUCGGAGGUUAUUCGCGAUCUUUUGUGAAGCCGGUCCUGCAAAGCUUUCUGGUACUCGCGCUUAUGCUCAUUUCGUAUCUGCUUGGCACAUAUUCAUCAACGUUUGACAUACAGUCGACUGGCUUUAUCCCCACAGUCCCUCUCAAAAUUGGCGCAAAUGUCUUUAGUGAAGAUCAUGCUUGGGUCGGCCCCGGCAAAGAAUCCGACAUACUCUGGGCCGAAUUAUACCAGAUCACCUCCGACGACAAGUUCAUCCAAAUCGGAAACCCUGAGACGUACGGCAUAGCUCCCGGGCAACAAGACAGCAAUGGUGUCAAUUUCUACUCAAUCAGCGUAUAUCAUCAACUUCACUGCCUGGCCAUGUUCCGAGCGCUCGUCUAUGACGAGUCCUUAUCACAGAUUGAUGGAGAUCACAAAAGAGGCUUGGUCCAUGGUUUGAGCCAAAACAAAACUUGGGAAGAUUGGUAUCACAUUGGGCACUGUUUUAAUUAUGUGAGACUGGCGAUCCGCUGUACUGUGGAUACUACUUUGGAGUGGCCGCCAGGGAAAAUCAAGCCGAAGAAAGAUAUGGCUACGAGCAAGGGAAACAGACAGUGCAGAGACAUUGAUUUUUUGGAUAACUUUGUUGAGGAGAACAAAUGGAUCAAUCCUUCAAAUUAG